AUGAAAUCUGUGUGGAGUAAAGUAAAACAACGGGUUGUGGAAAUCAACACGGGUGGUUUUGAAGUAUUUGAAGCAACAAGACAAGCCAUGGAUGAGGUUAUGAAUGCGCUAAAUGAUGACAAGGUCACUGCUGUUGGGGUCUACGGCAUGGGAGGCGUUGGAAAGACAAUCAUGGUGGAACAUGUCUGUCAACAAGCUCAGAAUGAUGGCCUUUUUGAUCAUGUGAUUAUGGUUGUUGUUACCCAAAGGCCUGACUUGAGAAAAAUUCAAGGCAUAUUGGCAGAUCAGUUGGGCGUCGAAUUGGAGGAAACUACACUGAUAAAAAUUCAAGGCACAUUCGCAGAUCAGCUCGCCAUCAAAUUGGAGGAAAGUACACAAAGUCGAAGAGCAGCAAGACUGAGUAUGGAGAUAAUGAGGAGAAAUAAGAUCCUUAUAAUCUUGGACGACAUUUGGGAGAGAAUCGAUUUGUCAAGAAUAGGAAUACCAAGCUACAAGGAACUUCAAAAUUGCAAUUCCAAAGUCCUACUCACCACAAGGAUAAGGAAGGUCCGUCAUGUCAUGAGAUGCCAAGAAAAGAUCACCCUCAGCACCCUAUCCGAAGAAGAUUCUUGGGCCUUGUUUGUGAGAAAUGCAGGAAGGUUUUCUGAAUCCACCAAAGUCGAGGAUGUAGCGAGGAAGGUGGCUAGAGAAUGUGCUGGUCUCCCAAUUGCGGUGAUAAAUGCCUGGUGGAAUGGAAAGAAGCAGCUCAACGACUAA